GUUGUCACCUGCUUGGUGACUUUGUUGAAGCAGUAGAAAAAAAUGCUGAGAAAGCAAGGAGGGUCUACAAAGAUAACUGUGAGUCGCACAAGUUUGGCCAAAGCUGCUACAAGACCGAAGGCCAAGUUUCCCGAGGUCUACAGGUACUUCCAGACGGGCUGUGACAACGGAUGUGGAGAUGCUUGCCUGCAAGCUGGUCUGAUCUAUGGCAGUGGUUACGUCGAUGGCAAGAAAGACAAGAAGUGUGCAUUGCAAUACUUUGAAAAGGGCUGCGAUUUAGACUGCACUAAAAGUUGCUACCAAGCCAGUGGCCUUUACAUCAAAGGUAGUGACGAGGUCCCCAAGGAUAUGAAGAAAGCGUUUCAGCUGUCUCUUAAAGCAUGCGAUAAGGAAAACGCGUACGCUUGUCAGAACUUGAGCUUGAUGUACAAAUCCGGCAAAGGAGUGACGAAGGACUUAAACGCUGCGGCGCGCUAUCAGAAAAUUGCACUAGAUAUACAGGAGGCGCACAAGAAAACCCAGAACACAAUCAAAUUCAGCGAGUAGCGGAGAAGUACUUUGGACGGAGUCUUCGAAGACGAGAAUCGGACAUCUAUCCUUGGUUCAGCAGUAAGUAUACGGAACGUGUCGUUCGUGUAGCUAGACCUGUGGCUCGCUGCUA